CCGGAGUGUGUGCCACGGCUGCAGUAGCGGCCACGACGCGCUCAGUGAUACGCUGCAUCCACUCCAUAUAGACUCCGUGUAACAAAACCCACACAGCGCUGUAACGUGCAAAGCAAACCGGACAAGAAAUGCCCUCCAAGAACAAAAACAAGAGUGCAAACCCCAACGACAAACCCGCUGUUAAUCUUCAGGAUGACGCAGCGAAGAAGAGCCUCAAAGUCAGUAAAGCAGACAGUUCUGCAAACUCCAGAUCGGGCUCAGGAAAGCUCCCAAAGUUCCUGUCUGCCUUGUCUUACUUGGUUUUAGUGUCCGGAGCCGCUUUCGCCUCUUUCUACCUGCAGAGAGUGCUGACUGAAGUGAACCAGAUCCGCUCAGAAAGUGAAGAAGCCCUGCAGAAAAACUCCGAGGUGCUGCAGAAAGUACAACAGGCACUUCAACAGGUGAAUUCUAUGAAGUUUUCUCUGGAGGGUCUGGAGGCUACAGUGGGCCGUACUCAGGCUGAACUGGAAAGCACUAAUCGAGCCAUAAUAAAGGGAGAAACAGAGACACGACGGGUCGAGGAAGUGCUUCAGAAACUCCAGAAUGAAAUCCUUCGCGACCUCUCUGAGGGCAUCCGGGAAGUGAAACAGGCACGGGAGCAUGAUUUCUCUUCUCUGGAGAAAACCCUGGAGGUGCGCUUGGCUGAGCUGACCCGCUCUAUCGCUGACAGCGUAGCUGAGUUCACUGGUGCUCAAGAAGAAGCUCAAGCCCAGCUCAGUAACCUUAAAAUCCGACUGGAAGAGCAGAAUGAGCCUAGUAAUCUAAAAAAUGAGCUUCUGGCAAUCACCAGUGCUGUGGCUGGCCUCCAUACUGCAAACGAGGUGGCAGAGGGCAACAUAGGUGUUCUUAGGGAACAGAUUGUGUCAGUCAGUUCAGAGCUGCAGACAAGGAACAAGGAGUUGGCAUCCUUGUCUGAGGAAAUUGAGGCAGUCAGGUCAUUAGUGCAGACCACUGUUGGCUCAUUGAGGCAGGAUGUAUCUGCGUCGCAGGCCAUUGUGCAGGCCAUGUCUGACCAGAUCCAGAGUGCGCAGGAUGAGCAGCUGCGCACCAGCCAAGCCUUGCAGAGCCUCCAGACAGACCUGAUGAGAGAACUGUCUAAGACAGAGAUAAGGGAAGACGACAUGGAGGCCAGGCUGAAGGUCACAGAAGAAAGUAUAGAAGCGCUGGCAAACUCGGCUGCAGUGCAGGCGAGCCGAGUCGAGGCUUUUCUUUCCAAAUAUGACUCUCAUGAGAGCUCAUUAGCUGCUCAGAGCCAGGGAGAUGAGAAGGCCAGGCAGGCACUCAAGGAAGAACUGGGGGGAUUAAGAAGUAGCCUUGGUGAGCUCCAGGCCAGGAUAGAAGACUUAGCUGAUACUAAUACCAGGUUAAAAGAAGUAGAUGGAUGGAUGGAUGAUGUUAUUAUGUAUGACGCUUUGGAAUUACAGCCAGUAUUACAAACUGAGCAGCUGCAAAAUGACGAGUCGGAGAAUGCUGGUCUGAAAGAUGAGGCAGCAGAAGAGGUAGCCAAGGAAGUGGCAGCAGAGGAGGCAGUUGAGGAAGUGGCACCAGAGGAGCUAUUCGACGAAGAUGCAUCAGCAGAGGAAGUAGUUGAGGAAGAGGCAGCAGAGGAGGUAGUUGAGGAAGAGGCAGCAGAGGAGGUAGUUGAGGAAGAGGUGGCAGCAGAAGAGACAGUCGAGGAAGAGGCAGCAGCAGAGGAGGUAGUCGAGGAUGAGGUAGCAGCAGGAGAGCUAGUCGAGGAAGAGGCAGUAGCAGAGGAGGUAGUUGAGCAAUGAGCAAAGCGAUCUAUAAUCUAAACCUGUAGGGGGUAAAAUAGGAUACUGGAAAAGGACAGUCAAUGGACUGAUUCUGUGAACCUGAAAAAUACACUUCCUGCACUGUUGUUUUUUACUUCAUGGACUUAUUUUCAUACGGACGUCUUCCAAUCCCAGCUGCUCUUAAUGUUUUGAAUGUGUAAUGAGUGUUCAGUUUUCCAAUAAAAUAUUUAAAACAUAAA